AUGGCUUUAAUCCAUCUCUUUCAGAUUAAAAUUGGGGAUAAUACUAACAAUCAAUAUCGAAUUUUCAUUUUGUUUACACUUUGCUUAACAAUUCUCGCGGGUCACACAACUGCAGAGUGGUUCAAUCAUGGAGGUGACUUAAACAAUCGACGCAGUGCCCCAGCAGAAUUAAAGAUCAACCCAAUCACUGCUCCAAGAUUAAGCCUGAAAUGGAGAUUCGUUGCCGGGUUUGACAUAUCAGCCACCCCAGCAGUGGCCAAUGGAGUAGUCUAUUUCCCUUCUUGGAAUGGCUUUUUGUACGCGGUCCGUGCUGAAAAUGGAGCCCUCGUCUGGAAACAAAACAUCGGAGCGAUAACUGGGCUGCCUCCGGCUCGGAUGAGUGUGAACGUGACGGUGUCAAGGGCCACUCCGACGGUGGCCGGUGAUCUUUUGAUCGUGUCAAUUUACGGGCCGGCCUAUGUGAUGGCCGUGACACGGUUGACUGGCCAACUUGUUUGGUUGACUCGCCUUGACCCUAUUCCUCUUGGAGUCGUAACAGCAUCCGGAACUUAUUUCCUGGGGGCAUAUUAUGUUGGAGUUUCAUCCCUAGAAAACACUCAACCAGGCUCACCAUGCUGCACUUUCAGAGGUAGCAUGGUCAAGCUAGACGCACGGACUGGCACCAUCUUAUGGCAAACCUACACGAUUCCCGACAAUGGCGGCCGAUUGGGAGGCUAUUCCGGGGCAUCCAUAUGGGGAAGUAGUCCGGCCAUCGACCCGGUGCGCCAGCUCGUUUACGUAGGAACCGGACAAUUAUACAACGCGCCGGCAGAAGUACAAAGAUGUCAAGCAGCCUUAAGUAACAAAACCACGCCACCAAUUGAUAUUAAUCCUUGUAUCGGACCGGACGUCCAUUACGAUUCGAUCAUAGCAUUUGACAUAAGGUCCGGGCAGAUCAAAUGGGCUACGAGAUUGAGCGGCUAUGACGUGUUUAAUUUUGCGUGCUUGAUUCCUAACAACCCGGAUUGUCCCGUGGGACCUAAUCUUGAUGCCGAUUUCGGAGAGGCUCCCAUGCUUCUUACUAUUGUCUCUAACGGAAGGAGGCGUGACGUAGCGGUAGCUGUCCAGAAAAGUGGCUUUGCAUGGGCGCUUGAUCGUGACAAUGGUCAAGUCGUUUGGUUUAGAAAAGCUGGACCGGGAAGUAACGAAGGAGGGGGGAUAUGGGGCGCCGCAACUGAUGGGAUCCGGGUCUAUACCAACAUCGUAAACGGAGCUAGACAGCCCUUCACCCUGGCGCCUUCUACUCAAACCACCACUAGCGGCGGUUGGGUGGCUUUAGAUGCCAACACCGGCCAAGUCCUGUGGACCACCGCCAACCCUAGCAACGAGACUGCUCCGGGACCCGUUACCAUAGUCAACAACGCGAUCCUGUUUGCCGGAUCUGUAGCGCCUAAAGGCCCUUUCUAUGCAAUGGAUGCUCGGACUGGGCAAAUCAUUUGGAGUUAUAACGCUGGCGCAACCAUAUACGGAGGCGCGUCCGCCAGCUAUGGUUGCGUCUUCGUUGGGAAUGGAUAUUCCGUUAAUUUGGCUAAGUUCCACCCUACUUGGACCAGAGGAGAUUCCGUUUUUGCUUUCUGCUGGCUUAAUCAUGGAGGUGACAUCAGGAAUCAGAGAAAUGCUGCCGGAGAAAUUUUCAUAAAUCCAAAAACGGUGGUCAGGGAGUUGAGGUUAAGAUGGAGAUUUAGGCCGGGGUUUGACACAACAGCCACCCCGGCAGUAUUCGACGGGGCAGUGUACUUCCCUUCAUGGAAUGGGUUUUUGUUCGCGGUGCGUGAACACAAUGGAUCGCUCAUCUGGAAGCAAAAUCUCGGGGAGCUCACCGGGCUGCAGGUUCCGGUUGGAUCAGCCGUGAAUGUUUCGGUAUCAAGAUCCACCCCCACCAUCGCAGGCGAUUUGCUGAUUGUUGGGAUUUAUGGGCCAGCAGUGGUGAUCGCCGUGAAACAAUUAACCGGACAACUUGUGUGGCUCACUCAACUUGAUCCUAAUCCCCGUGCUGUGAUCACAACAUCUGGGACGUAUUACAUGGGGGCAUACUACGUGGGAGUGGCCUCGUUAGAAGAAUUGUUGCCAGUAGGCCAAUGCUGCACUUUCCGGGGAAGCAUGGCGAAACUCAAUGCUCGUACCGGAAAAAUCAUAUGGCAAACGUAUACCGUCCCAGACAACGGCGGGAACUUAGGAGGCUAUUCGGGGGCGGCCAUAUGGGGAAGUAGCCCGGCGAUCGAUAUCGGGAGGCGACUCGUUUACGUGGCAACCGGCAAUCUCUACAGUGCACCACAACAAGUUCUAGAUUGCCAAGCAGCACAGAAUAAUCAGACCACCCCACCAACUGCUCCCGAUGCGUGUGUCCCCCCGGAUGUUCACUUUAAUUCCAUCCUGGCGUUUGAUAUAAACACAGGGCUAUUUAGAUGGUUCAAGCGAUUAGGGGGAUAUGAUGUUUUUUACAUUGCUUGCCUGCUGGAUCCCAAUAACCCUGAUUGUCCGCCGGGGCCUAAUCCUGAUGCAGACUUCGGGGAGGCGCCCAUGCUCCUCACCAUUCAAUCCAACGGCAGAUUGCGCGACGUUGCCGUGGCUGUGCAGAAGAGUGGCUUUGCCUGGGCCCUCGAUCGUGACAAUGGUGAUAUUGUCUGGUUUACUAAAGCAGGACCGGGAAGUGUUCAAGGGGGAGGAAUAUGGGGUGCGGCUACAGAUGGGAGACGAGUUUACACCAACAUUGCCAACGGCGCUAGGCUGCCUUUCACCCUCGCGCCCUCUAAUCAAACCUCAACCGCCGGCGCAUGGGUUGGUAUGGAUGCUGACACCGGCCGAAUUCUUUGGACCACCGCAAAUCCCAGUAACGACAUCAGCGGUGGGCCUGUCACCGUAGUCAACGGAGUCGUUUUUGCCGGUUCAGUGGCUCCCGACGGUCCCUUUUAUGCUAUGGACGCCAAAACUGGGCAAAUAAUUUGGAGUUACAACACGGGUGCUACUAUUUAUGGAGGAGCUUCAGUUAGCUACGGAUGCGUGUUUAUUGGGAAUGGAUAUUCCGUCAACUUCGCCACAUUUAACCCAACUUGGACCACUGGGAAUUCUGUUCUUGCUUUCUGUGUUCUUUAA